AUGGGCUCCAGGCAUUACUGGACUUAUCAGACACAGAGCAGAGGAUUGCCUGCACCUGCUGAACUUCAGAAAACGCUCACGUCUUGUCCGAGCAGGACACAUCUGUGGCCAUCAAAGAGCAACCAGAUUUUAAAGAUGAAGUAUCUUCCCCAAUUCCCUUCCAUCUUGGCCAUCUAUUGCUUCUGCCUGCUACAGCAUCCCUCCUCAGGAUAUAUUCAACCUUUAGAUGAUUCUCCAGAUGGCUUGGAUAUUGUGCAGCUGGAGUGGCUGGCAUAUUGGGCAACUCUUUCUAGACAACCUAAGGAUAAUCAAGACAUAUUCAAAAGGUUUUUAUUUGACUACUCCAGAACUCGGGAGCCAACACAGCCAGUUAAAAUUGGGUUUCCUCCGGUGCACCCCGUAACUCGGCUGGCCGCCAAGCUCGCCAAUGGGAAGAUGAAGAGAUUUCUACAGCGUGAUCUGGGGGCUGUGGCACUUGACUUUACCAAGAAGGAGCACGCUGCUACCUGGGGACGACCAUUUUUUCUAUUCAGGCCAAGGAAUGGAAGAAACACUGAACACCCAGUAGGAUAG